CGACGUGACAUUUCAAGAGAAAGGCAGUGUUUCUUUUCUAAUUUAGUUUAUUUUUAUUCAUUAGUGCAAAUCAAGGCCCAGUUUUUAUUAGACAAAAGAUUUUUUCGAAAACAAAAAAUUUCCAAAAAUGGAUGUAAAUGAUUUUGUAAAUGGUCGUACACGGGGCGAUGGAAUGGAAUUUGUUGAAUCACAAUCAGAACGAGCAAAUAAAAUUUCGCAAGCCUCAACCACGAAUCCAACACAUAGAAGUAUCGAUGGUUCGACAAGUCGUAUUCCUGGUGCCACAACAAUCUAUCGCUUUGACGAUAGUCAAAGCAACUCGGUGAAGCUGCCAGCAAAAAUUCCGCAAGGGAAACCAUUUUAUUUAGUGCCUCAUUUAGUCAAUACGAAAAAAUCGUGUUCUCUUAAAAAUAAAGCGCCGAAAUUUGUGCCAUUCGAACCAUACAAAGCAGCCGUCAAUCCAAUGGUGCCAGAUCUUCAGAAGAGGCAGCGAACUAGCAAGAAAAACAAUUUGGACCUGAACACACUGGUGUCCCACGUUGCGAAUAUUAAAACGAGUGAGCUGAACAGUAUGAAUGUUGAAAAUAAUGCAGCAAAAGAAGCCGCUGCCACACAGCAAAAAUUGUACGAAAAACAAAUUGCCGAAUUGAAAAAGGAGCGUGAUUCAUUCGGAAGCGAACUCAAGUUCCAGGUCCAAGUGAAUUCAGAGCUAAAAAAUUUGCUAGUUGCAGCAGUUGGUGAGGAUUUACAAACUCGUGUCAACGUUUUGACAGAAGAUAAAUUGCAGUUGGCCAGAGCACUUUUAAGUUCGGCGACAGAACAUUCGACACAUACUGAGCAAAUCGAGUAUUUGGCCAAUCAGAGCGAAGUUUGGCGAAGUAAAUUUUUGGCGAGCAGUUUGAUGGUCGAAGAGCUGGCCCGAUGGAAGGCGAGUUUGAUGCAGAAGAAUAAAUUGCUACUCGAUUCGAACAAGCAAAUGCUGGAAACAAUGUCCCAAUUACGCACAAUGCAAACGAGCAUUCUACGAAAUUUAAAAUUUUUGGCGCAGUUAAAGUCCAUGAAUCUUCCAUCGAGCAACGUGACCGAUUUGACUCUGGAAUGUCUCAACAUCUCCGAACAGCUGGUACUACAUUCCGGCCGGAAUGUUGGAAUGCCGGAUGAUAGUUUGGAUUUGACACAUUUGGAUACAAUAACCGAAUCAGAAAAACUGGCAAUCGACGCGAUUCAGGCAUCGAAUCAGAAUCUUGUGUCGUCAGAUGCUGCACACAAAGCAGUUGUUGACCAAGCCUUUCCACCGACAAGAGCAUCGGUCGAAACACAAACCUCAAUUAACGACAUCAAUCAGUGAUUUUAUACAUUGAACGAGUAGAUUUUCUUAAACAAAUUUAUUAUCAAGCCAGCUCAAAUGCAAAUAUUGAACUGAGAUAAUGUUGUAUUCGAAUUAUGACUUGAUGAGAAUUCUAUGUAAAUAUUAAGAUUUUAUUCAAUUAUGACCAAUAAAUCUAUUUUCAGUAAAUUACAAA